CAGCACAUGUGCGGGGCUUCUUGAAGCGCGGGGCCAAGGGUGGCCGCCCCGCUUGCCCCGCCCUAUAUCCACCCCUGCACUUGACAGCCUCUUGGCCAAACCAGUCAGGAUCACCUGUCAGAGGCUCCAAGAUCUACCAGUCGAUCCCGAUCGACUGGUUGGUGACCACUGGGUUACAGGGUCACCCAUGAGCCACCCCCAUUGCACACACCCACAUGUACCUCCUGCUUUUCGGGGACUUCAUUUGUCAGCUGCUCUGUUUCCACUUCUCCUUGCCCGUGCUAAGUUCCCAGCCUCUGAUGGACGCUGUAUUGUGAUGCAUUUCAGGGCUGCUCUUCGUUCUGCCCAAGGUGCUGAUCUGCCCUGCCAAAUUCAAAUCAUUUUUGGCUUCUGCCUGGCGUUGCUCAGGCAGGGGGACACAGGCCUGGCCUCACCCUUUGUGUUGUCGCAGCGGGAUACCUAAUGCAGGCUGAGGAAUCACGUCCACAUUUCACUCCAGAGCGUCCCAUCGGCCAGGGGUCAGGGCCAGGCAAUGGCUGUGAUGGAGCCAGCUCAGAUGCGGGUGACCUUCGAGGAGGUGGCUGUGUAUUUCACCCCGGGGCAGGGGGCGCUGCUGGGCCCCGCUCAGAGAGCCCUCUACAGGGACGUCAUGCAGGAGAACUACGAGGCGGUGACCUCGCUGGAGUUUCCCGUUCCCAAACCUGAGCUGAUCGCCCGGCUGGAACGAGGGGAAGAGCCCUGGGUGCUCGACGAGAUAGGAGAGAUCCCAGGAGGCACCCGCACAGCAGGUGAUGAGACACUGAGUGUGAAGGAGGAAGAGAAUUCCCAUCAGGAAGUUCUAGUGGAAAUGGAAUCACAGGGGACCUCUGUGGGACGAGCUAAAGGGAAUUUUUCUCUCUGCUGGGAACAAGGAGAAGCCUUUUUGAACUGGCCCAGCUCAGAGAGGCUGCCGGGAAACUACUCAGAGAGGCAAGUGGAUGAAUCUAUUAAAUGUGAGGGAGGAGACAAGGAUCCGACGGCACAGCACAUAAAUGCCAAGGGAGAGAAACCCUUCCAGUGUCUGCAGUGUGGGAAAGGCUUCAUUCUAAGAUUACAGCUUGUGACACCCGGGACAAUCCCUUCCGGAGAGAAACCCCUUCAAUGCUUGGACCAUGAAGAAAGCUUCAAUAACUGCUCAGACUUCAAUAGCCAUGGGAAAAGCCACAUAGGAGACAAACCCUGCCAAUGCCUGGACUGUGAAAACAGUUUCAAUUGGAAGUCGACAGCACUUACACAUCAGAAAAGCCCCAUAAGAGAGAGACCCUAUAAGUGCUUAGAGUGUGGGAAAAGUUUCCGAUGGAGGUCAGACCUUGUUAGACAUCAAGCAAUCCAUGGAGGAGAGAGACCCUAUCAGUGCGUGGACUGUGGGAAAAGUUUCAGAUGGAGGUCAGAUCUUGUUAGGCAUCAGGUAAUCCACACAGGAGAGAGACCUUACAAAUGCUUGCACUGUGAGAAAACUUUCAAGGAAAAGUCAGCUCUUCAGAAACAUCAGGCAAUCCACACGGGAGAGAAACCCCACAGAUGCUUAGUGUGUGGGAAAAAUUUCGUUCGGAGGUCAGUCCUUGUUUUACAUCAGAGAGUCCACACAGGAGAGAGACCCUAUAAGUGCUUGGACUGUGGGAAAAGUUUCAGAUGGAGGUCAGACCUUGUUAGACAUCAGGUAAUCCACACAGGAGAGAGACCCUACAAGUGCUUGUACUGUGAGAAACAUUUCAAGGAAAAGAUAGCCCUUGACAAACAUCAGGCAAUGCACACUGAAGAGAGACCCCACAAAUGCUUAGUCUGUGGGAAAAGUUUCAUACAGAGGUCAGUCCUUGUUUCACAUCAGGCGGUCCACACAGGAGAGAGACCCCACAAGUGCGUGGAAUGUGGGAAAAGUUUCAUGCAGAAGUCAGACCUUGUUAGACAUCAGAGAACCCACACAGGGGAGAAACCCCAUAAGUGUUUGGAAUGUGGAAAAAGUUUCAUGCAGAGGUCAGACCUUGUUAGACAUCAGAGAAUCCACAGUAGAGCGAGCACCCAUAAAUACUUGGACUGUGCAAAGAGUUCCAUACAGGGAUCAUGUCUAAUAAAUCAUCAAAACACCCAUACUGCAGAGAGACCACACAAGUAUGUGGACUGUGGGAAAAGUCACAUACAGAGUUCAGACCUCAAUAAACAUCAGGUAAUCCAUACAGCAGAGAGACCCCAUAAGUGUUUGCAAUGUGGAAAAUGUUUCACACAGAAAUCAGGUCUUAAAAAUCAUCAAAGCAUGCACACUGGGGAGAGACUCCAUAAGUGCUUGGACUGCGGGAAGAGUUUUAUGUGGAGGUCUGAACUAGUUAGACAUCUGGCAGUCCACACAGGAGAAAGAUUCCACAAAUGUUUAGACUGUGGGAAAAGUUUCAUGUCACGCUCAGACCUUGUUAGACAUCAGAGAAUCCACACAGGAGAGAAACCCCAUAAGUGCUUAGACUGUGGGAAAAGUUUCACACAGAGAUCAGCUCUUAUAAAUCAUCAGACACUCCACACAGGGGAGCGACCCCACAAGUGCUUGUACUGUGAGAAAAAUUUCAGGGUAAAGUCCGCCCUUGACAAACAUCAGGCAAACCACACAGGAGAGAGACCCCAUAAGUGCUUAGUCUGUGGGAAAAGUUUCAUAUGGAGGUCGGAACUUGUUAGCCAUCAGAUAUUGCACACAAGAAGAAGACCCCAUAAGUGCUUUAAAUGUAGAAAAAGUUUCAUGCGGAGGUCAGACCUUGUUAGGCAUCAGAGAAUCCACACGGGACGGAAACCCCAUAAAUGCAUGGACUGUGGGAAAUGUUUCAUACAGAAGUCAGACCUCCUUGUACAUGGAAGAAUCCACCAAGGAUCAAAAAUUCCAUGACAAUUCCCAAGAAAGGGGUCAGCAAUUUGCAGACUGAUUGACUCUGAUUCAUCCUUAGAGACAUGUUAGAAAUGUGUGUAAAUGGUAAUUAGGUUCCAGUCCACAUUAGAUAAGCUAGAGCUUUAAAAUGUAAACUUUUGGGCUACAUCUACACUGGCACCCUUUUCUGGAAAUGCUUAAAACGGAACAGUUUUCCGUUAUAAGUAUUUCCGGAAAAAGAGCAUCUCCAUUGGCAGGAUGCUUUUCCGGAAAAGCCCUUUUUUGCAAUCGGGGCUUUUUUGCGGAAAAGACUACUGUGCUGUCUACACUGGCCCUUUUCCAGAACAGUUUUCCCGAAAAAGGACUUUUGCCCGAGCGGGAGCAGCAUAGUUUUUCCGGAAAAGCAGCUGAUUUCUUACAGUAGAUCGUCAGUGCUUUUCCAGAAAAGCAAGCGGCCAGUGUAGACAGCUCGCAGCUUAUUCCGGAAAAGCAGCUGCUUUUCCGGAAUAAGGGCCCAGUGUAGACACAGCCUUGUUGUGAAAAAAUGGGAAGAAGAGAGUAAUACAGGUUGCACGUCUAUAAACUGAAAAUGCCGAACCACAGAUGUUCCAGAACGCUGCAAGGGAUUGGGAGGCCUGGUACCUGGUUUGAUGGAUUUGGGGGGCGGGAGAAGGAAGGACGGCCCACAGCGUCCUCAGCUGGACUGCAGGAGUGGGCGAAGUUAACAGGGAAGCCCGGUGGCAGAGCAGUGUAGGGGAUGGGCCAGCAGUGCGGAUGAAGGGGGGCAAAAAUGACCUACCCUGGUCCAGGAAAAUUCCUCAUCUGGAACCAAUGAGGUCCAAGGGUGCCGGACCAGAGAGGUCCACCCUGUAGUCUGUGUUGACUUAUAUCUUGUUAGAGUUUAACGCUGUUCCUGUCUAGGGCUGUAUUCUCUUCAUCCAGAGAUCAGAAGGAAACCGCUAACACCUAGAACAACCAGACUAUUGACCCAGCGUUGCUUGGAUCCUUCAUUAAUUUUUGUUAUUUGGAAAAUAAAAUGAAAAUGUCCAUG